AUGGAGAACAUCGAUCCAAGCUUGCGCGACUUCUUGCCCACGCAGACCAAUCCUCAACACAGCAUCUCGCGGGCACCGAAUCGAUUCGAUCGAAACCCAUACACGUCGAUGCCUCCACCGUCGCAYCUUCCUCAGCACUUCAUCGGCGACGGAUCUCCCAUCGACAACAACAUUGCAAUUCAACGGAACGCUUUUCCUAUUGUGAGGCCUCGUGCCCCGGAGCAGGCAGAUCGAGGUGCCGAUGCUGUGGCUACUGGUCGGAAACGCAAAGAGUCGGAUACAUGGGAUGAGGAAGACGAUCAGGAGAAUUCGAGGGAGCUCAAGACCAGCCUGCAAGCUGCGGCGGCCUAG